UAUCCACGACACCUCUCUCCGCCACCAUGUCACCACCAGUACAUACACUUUUUACCCUCAUUCAUCACAUGCUUGCACUCAGAGCUAUCGCCUGCAGUUCAACGCACCACAUACACAAAGUCUGCCUUGCUGCAUCGGUGCGCGCUGCGGGAUCAUCCCGUCUAGAUGUAGACGAGAGCACGCCGGACGUACAGUCCAGGCGACUGGCUCCGACCUUCCGCAACUCCGGCAGGGCAUGUCAAGCAUCAACAGGCGUAAUGCCCGAUAUUCCGUGCCAUGCUAAUGGAUGACCCCUUGCACAUAUGAAAGCACAUUACGCGAUGUGCGAUUGUUGAGACGCAGCAGGGUCGGAUUCCUCACCCCACACGGCUGUACGACGA